ACUUACGGCAGCGCUUGUCCCGCAAACGAGCGCGAGCAAUCAAGAGAGAUGGGUUACGAGGUCGUUGCUGUGUCUGUAGUAACUGCCUUUUGGGCAGUUGUUGCUAUUGUAUUGCCAAUUAUAUUUGGUAGGGGACCAAAUAAAGGGGUGAUCCAGGCUACACUUGUCAUAUCAGGCUUCAGUUGCUGGUUGUUUUGGUUCCUGGCGUACGUGCACCAGAUGAACCCACUGAUCGGGCCCGAGAUGCACGCCACCACCGUCUACGCCAUCAAGUAUCUCUGG